CGCGCUGCCACCGCCGCCAUGGAGCCCCCGGUGCGCGGCCCGCCGGGGCUGACGGCUGUGCUGGCGAGCACGGACUGGUCCGAGCCCUGGCUGCUGGGGCUGGCCGCCUUCCACCUGCUCUGCUUCCUCCUGACGUGCGCGUCCCUGCAGCACCGCCGGCUGCAGGUCGGGCACUUCCUCUGCAUGGUGGGCUUAGUGUACUGCGCUGAAUAUAUCAAUGAAGUAGCAGCCAUGAAUUGGAGGCUCUUUUCUAAAUACCAGUACUUUGAUUCAAGAGGAAUGUUUAUUUCACUUGUAUUUUCAGCGCCACUUCUGGUGAAUACUAUUAUAAUUGUGGUCACCUGGGUUUACAGAACUUUGAAUGUAAUGACUGAACUAAAGAUGCUACAGCAGAGAAGGAAAGCAGAAAAAGAGAAAAAGAAGUGAAAGCACCAAACACUAUUUUUCUUUCUUCAGUUGUAAUAAUGCCUGUCUGGGUAGUCAGCCCUUCUGUGUGGGUGUGCAGGAACAGAAGUAUUUUUGUGUCCCAUGUCAAGAGGACUUUGUGAUUGUGGCUGUGGACACUGAGGUGAAAGCAGGUAUCUACAGUACAUUUGAGUUGGCUCUGAAAUUAUGAAACCCAGUCUUAACAAGUCUUUGUGCCCUUCAGUGUAAGAUUGUUUUCAUCCAUGACCAAGACUGUUAGGAUUGAUGAGACACAAUCUUCCAGUUUCCAUUUGCCUGUGUAUUUUUUUACUAUGUCUUUUAUUCUGUGCUUAUCAAGUAUCAGUUAUUCUGCUGCUUAAGCCAAUUGGAGCUGUGUUAUGAAUUACAGUAAAUGAGUGCUUUUAUUCAGAAUAACUCAGGAAUCCAUGCUUCUGUGAAGCACUUCUCUUCUUUAUAAAUCAAGUUUCAUACUUCCUAUGUGUACUGUGUGCCAGUGGCAUUUUAUAAAUAAAACUAUCCACUCACUGCAUCUUAAA